AUGAAGAAAAAACAUGAUACCAUUGUUUGUGAACCUAAAGAACUUCUGAAUGCCAAAGUAACAAAUUGUUGCAAAUCCCUGUGGGUGAAAUACAGUUUUCAGAAGGAGUACAUGACCUGACUUGUCAGCUUCUAGCCAGUUUCAGCCAUGUCAAGGAACCCAGGUCACUAUCUGCCUUUUCAGCCCAAGGAGAGUAGCAGUGGCCAGAACCAUCACCAGGAGGAGAUAAUCUACAAGUUGGCCAUGCAGUUGAGAAACAUCGGGGACAGCAUUGAUUGUGGGAUGGUUCAAGAGGUGGCUCUUCCGUUUCCCCAGCAACAGCCAGUCAGAAAUCGAUUUGGCAGAAAGCUCGUGAGAAUUGGCCAGAAAGCCCCAGUGAACUGGCUUCCUGGGAGCUGCCUGGGCUCAGCCCAGGGCCUGCAGGGUGUCCCCCGACAAAGCGUUCUAAAGGGCAGGUGCACGUGCAGCCCCAGUCGCCUCUGA